AUGAUGCAGAUCUACGCCGCCCUACUGACCAUCGUCGCUGCCCUUACCGUCAUCAAAGGUCAGGCGAUCUCGCUCGGUACCGAACCAACAUGCGUUAGCCAGUGUUACGUGACCUCUGCUCCCUAUGUUACGGGCUGCAACUCGCAAGACCAGUCGUGCUUGUGCCAAAAUGAUAGCUUCGGUAGCAUCAUGACAGACUGCUUUAACAAAACGUGCACGUCGACACAGGAUCAGAACAGCGGCAUGACCUAUUUGCAGAAUCUGUGCAAGACGGCCAACACGACCCAAGCUGGUCUUUCCACCGUCACGAUGACCGCAACCACCAGCAUCCCCACGACGGUGAUGCAGACCUCGACCCUGGCCGGAUCUGCCAUCACUCAGGCUCCUGUACCUGCAGUCGUCACAUCCGUUCUCGAGCGUGUUCAUCCUUCGACGCUUGCAGCUGCAGCGCCAAGUGCAAGCCCGGUCGCAGUUUCGUCCAACGGCUGGCAGAGCGACGCAAGGAUGGAAGCGCUAGGCGAAGCCUGGCCUGAUGCAGAAGCAGCUACUCCUCCGUUGCCGGCAGAUCUGCUUCACAGAGGGCUGGAAGCGAGCGAAUCGACCGCGCCAGUGGAAUUAGACUGCGGUAGCAUCAAAGUCCUCGAUACAUUCCACUCGAGAGCAGGGCAAGCAUCGACGCCGUCUUCCACUGGAUCCUCAAGCAAGCAAGUCAGUCCUGAUGUCCGCCCUACAGCGCGAUUCGACGGCGUUGGGUCUGCCUACUCGUCUGUCAUCUUCAAAAGUCAAGCGCCAAAUGUCGAGCUAGAACGGAUAGCGCAGGCUUUGCGCGUCGGCCAGAACGAAACAGCGUCAGACUUUGCAAGCAGUGGCACGAGCGCACCAGAUCUCAAGCGCAUGUUCGCUCCACCCUCUUUGCCGGCCACAGCGGUCGCAACGCUCGAAUUAAGUUUGGGCAAGGAACCCGUCGGCGAAGAAGCCUUGAACAGUCUACAAGAGACAAACAACGAUUCGAUGGUGUCCAUGAUCACUGUCGUGCCGCUCGUGCCAGAUACACCAGCACGAGAUGAGUCUGGCGAUGUCACCCAGCUUGCCACGAGUCAGCCUGCGGAUGGCCCGAUCGCAAAACCAGCUGAUGACUCGCUACCACUUGCAGCAGAGGAUUCGCUGCCACUUGCAGCAGAGGAAGUCGCAGCUAAGCCAAGCUUGCGAUUCCCUCACUUGUCUGCUCCGGCACCACAUGCAUCAGCCUUCAGCUUCGAAUCGCCUAUGCGCGGACGUAUCUUUACCUGGCGCAAUAUGCCUCACAUGUCAGCCGCUUUCACCGGAAAAGCAGUCGACUUGGCUAGCUCGCCGAGCGUCAGAACGACAAUCAGCGCACCUGAGCUCAGUCCGGGUAGCUUUUCGUCAUCUGAAGAGAGCUCGGAGCUGGUCACUUCGAUGAGGCAGGAGGAAAACAUAAGGCGAAACUCACACGAUGUGAAGCAUCUAGAGUCUGGCACGGCAGCUGCCGCUGUCGCUCCACCGCCUGCACCUGUGCCUAUGCGCACUUAUGUGUCUAUGGCCGCCUCUGCUGCUGCGAACAUGACAACGCCUGGCCGCGAACAAGUGCCACGACAUGUGGAGCGCGAGUUGUCGGCGGCACUGAAGCCGCUCGCGCUUUCUGCGCCGCCCACACCUCAUGCACCUCUGGACAGCGCACCACCUAGCAAGGUACAGCUGCAAAUGUUUGGCAUGAACAUGGACACUAUUACGCAGACCAAGCUCGAAGGCGUCCUUGAGGUCAUCGACACUUCCUUCUUUGAUUCGACGGAUCAUCCCGACGACCUUGAGAGCCAAGGCUCAGAAGCGGGGACCGACGAGCAGAUCGUGGAAGAAACGAAAUGGGAAGAAUCUUUUGUUGAAGAUUCUGUCGACUAUGACGAUCUUGAGGGCGAAGGGGAUAGCCGCUCGCUCAGCAUAAGAAAUCGCAGCCGGAAGCGCGUCAGGCUGAGUCCUCGCAGCGAGCGCGGGUCAAGCUCACCCGAUGAAAGCCAAUCCCGCUCUCAGUCGCGCUCGCGUAGCAGACGAAGUCUGCAAGCACGCAAGUCAGAUGUCCGAGACCACGGCAAAGCGGCAAAGCAACUCUUUGCGCACCUGCAAGCUAAGCAUAAUGAUCCGAUGGCCCGCUCUUCCUCAGUCUCUGUCAGCGGCGACAGCGUCAAAGGAGGUACAUGCGGUAGUGCUUCGAGCUAUAAUUGGGCAACUGGGUCAUCGAGCGUUGCCGCCAGCAGUCAGCGUCAUGUGUCUGCAUCGAGCUACAGUCAGCUCUCCGCUACACAUGAGGAGCCACAGGAAGGGAGCGAGGGCAAGAGCAUCUCGGCGACCUCAGACGUACAAACAACGCAGCUGCCCGUCUGCACACCGGUGCCAACUACAGUGCGUAAUCUCGCGCGGCCUGGCAUUCAGCGUGUAGGCGCAACACCGCUACCUGAACGACUUCAAGCUCGCAUUUCAAAGCGUCAGUCCACGCCGCCAGACGGCGCCGACCAGAGUGAUUCUCUUUCAUCUCCUACAUCGCCGAUGCCGAGCCCCAGUGCAGCACAUGAGCGAGGUCAGCCGCCUGUCUUGCAAGUGUCUGCCCAAUCUCGGGUGCCGGGCCUUACUACAAUCCGACCGGAGGAAGCUGGCCCGCAUCUGGCGGCUAGUCAGCAUGGCAGAAUGGUCUAUGACAGUGAUCGACAGCGCUGGAUCAAUCUGGUCAGAAUGAAGCAAAGCAUUGCGUCGUCUGGGCUGCAACAAAGCCUUGUCGAAAGAGCGGAAGAUGACGCCGAGGAUUCAGGCACGUCUGAGGAUGAGGAUGUAUUCGGCGACACAGACAGCGCGCCAUCACCCUCAGCAGCAUAUCAGGAAACUACCGGCAGCGAAGUUGCUGUUGCAGAGGCCGCGCCAGCGAAUGACGCAGACGACGGCGCAUCUGAUGUGGAAGAGUCUCCCCUCACUCUCUUCAAGGCUAUUCACAGUCCUGUGAUAGCUGGGCAAUAUGCUGCGCCGACGUCAGAGCCGAUCGCGCCUGUGAAAGAAAGUACGCCGAACUCGCAACGUCGACCAGCCCUCAAAUCUCGCACAAACAUUCCUGCCUUAUCGCAUAUGACGCCUUUGGAGCACAGAUUUGCCGGCACGCCGAGAUCAGUCAGCUGGUCGGAUGUGAAAGAUGACUCGCGUGUGCAUCUCAAUCUCAGCAAGGAUCUAACCGAAGUCAGUGCGAAGGCUGCAGAGCUUCGUCGUCUCGCUGUUGUCUCCGGCGAUGCUCAGGAAGAUGCGCUCUUCUCGCGUGCUAUCGAGCGAGCCGGCAUCGCAGAGAUCAGUAUACUGCCGGCGUCCAUCAACGGAUUCACUGUACAGACAUUGCGACAGCCCGACCCGGUUUUACAGUCUGCUUUGCUCGCAUGCGAGUCUGACAAAGCUAAAUGGUCGACUUCGAAAACGCUCGUCCUCCGUCAACGUGCAUUAGCGUCCGUGGGCGAUCUGCACGAACACAUGCCCGCGCUUGAGCAGGCUGACGUGUCGCGUAAUAAGCUCGAAUCCGUACUCGGCUUGCCCAACUCUGCGCGCUGUCUGCUGGUCGAUCACAACCUGUUUCGAACAACACACUCUUUUGCGCAUCUUAUCCACCUCGAGCGCCUCGAUCUCAGCCACAAUUCCUUGACCAGUCUCGAAGGCCUGGCUCAGCUACCUCAUCUGCGAGAGCUCAAGGCAGACAACAAUCGCUUGCAGUCUCUCGAUGCUCUUUUCUCCUUGUCUGGAUUAGCCCGCUUGAGCUUGCGAAGCAACAAGCUGGCGGAGAUCCGCGUGCCAAAGCGUACAUGGAGGCAUCUCGAGAUGCUUGCCCUCUCGAACAAUGCCAUUACGACCGUCGAAGGACUUGACACAUGCUGGCGCUUGUCGAUGCUGGAUUUGGAUCACAACAAGAUGAAGAGCUUUGCGCCGGCGUCGGCAAUACCGAGUAUGCGCGUCUUGCGAAUUGCUCACAACAGACUGCGCUCUUUCGAUGUUGCCGCCUUGCCAAAUCUGUCAAAGAUCUACGUCGAUGGCAAUCAUCUGGACGAGAUCAGCAAUAUUCAUCAGCUGCGGCGUCUAUCGAUGCUCAGCAUCUGCGACCAGACCGAUGCUGUCCUAACACUGACGAGCAGUACGAUCCGCGAUCUGACACGAUUGUGUCUGCGUGCAGGCAACGCGAUCACGAACAGCUUGCCGUCGACGCCGCUAUACAGCCUGACAAUGCUCGAUUUGUCAGCAUGUCAGCUUGUGGAGCUUCCAGCGGACUUUGCAUCCGUCGUGCCCAACUGUCGCAGCCUCAAUCUUGCGCACAACUUUAUCCAGGAUCUCUCGCCGCUCGAUGGUCUCGCUCGCCUUCAGCAUCUCUCAAUCGUCGGUCUACGCGUCAACAGCUGCCGCGGCAUUGUUUCGGCUUUGUCGACCAUGCCGGAGCUCGAGUCGCUAGAUGCGAGGCUCAAUCCUUGUACACUGGCUUUUUACGCUACAACGAUCGAAGGCAGCACGCGAAGAGACGUAGAGACCGCAUGGCAGACUGCCGAUGCAAGAUAUCGCAAGACUCUGCCGGACAUCUACUACGUCAAGCGCAUGACAUAUCGAGCGGCCAUUUUACAGACUUGUCCUCGCAUGGAUCGACUUGACAACCUGCCUGUCAGUGCAACAGAGCGCACGAAGUUGGAGCGACUCGUCAGUGGUGUUGUAGGCAAGCAGAGUGCUGGCAAUGACGAGACACUCGCCAAAGAGCUGACUACAUCGGCGGUCGACCUUGGGUUCCUCUAUCUCGUCGGCGUACCCCAAGAUGAAGAGCAAGUGAUAAGGCAAAUGUUCGCGCUCUCUCGACGCUUCUUCUCCGCAUCGCUCCCGGACAAGCAGCAAUACAGCAUGGAACUGACCAGGAACAACCUCGGCUAUUCUUGUGUCGGCGGAGAAGUGCUAGACAAGCAAACGCCGGAUGCAGAUUUCAAAGAGGUCUUCAACAUUGCCACGUCGAUAGAUGGACAGAAGCAGGCUCUGCCCGGGUCAAUACAGGAGGAGCUAGAUACGAUCAAGAAGUUCCAGUCUAUAUGUUUUGCGCUGUGCCAUCGGCUGCUUGCGCUGCUCGAGCGCGGUCUAGGUCUCGAGCAGGGGAUCUUCACGGAUCAUCACACGAUAGCGGGCAACCCGAGCGUCUUGCGCCUGCUCCACUAUCCGCCCAGCUCUGAGCGUUCUACAGAGCUCCGUGAUCACUGGAUCGACGUGCCUGUGCUGGAUCAUGCCAUCCUCGUCAAUGUAGCCGAUGCGCUCGAAUUUUGGACCAACGGCACUGUCAAAUCAACGAUCCACCGUGUGCUCGUGCCCCAGGACAGUCCUGGCCUGGAUCGCUAUAGUAUAGCUUGGUUUCACCAGCCGGACGACAAGGCCAUACUGAAGAAUGUCAUGCAGAGCUCGACGUCUGGCUUGCGCAAACCUAGCCUGGCGGAGCUUUCGAGGAUGGAGGCCAAAGGCGUUGCGCCUGGCGAAGUGCUGACGGCCAAGGAACAUCUGUGGCGACGGCUGGGCAGCACGCACGGUCAUCUCAAGGCUGCAGCUACAAACUAG